AUGGCUCUAAAUCUCAAUGACCCGAAUGGGCUUGUGAAUUUACACAACCUCGCUCAACAGGUGGAGAAUAUUGCACCCGAUGAUAAGUCGGUUCCGAUUGUCUUUGGCUGGGGAGCUCCGUUAUUCGGUGCCAUCAACUACUUCGGCGGCGAAAUUGACAUCGCGACCCUCUUGGCCAAUAGGGGCUAUACAGUGAUCGUCGCUUCCAUUGCUCCCAUAUCGACAAACUGGGAACGCGCUUGUGAGCUAUACAGGCAGCUUACUUUUGGGCAAUUUAGCACAGUUGACUUGAAGACAAAUACCCUUGCGGAGAGAAAUGAUGUUGAUGUGAAAUAUGGUAAUUAUUUUGGCCCAAACCGUGGCCCAGAGCGAACCUGCACCACCAACAGAAGGCGCGCCAUCCUAUAUUCACGCUCACGGGGUUUUGAAGAUUGGAAAUGGGACAAAGAUCAUAAAGUUCAUUUUGUCUGUCAUUCUCAAGGCGGAAAUACGGUACGCUUUCUUUUGGAUCUAAUGAGACGUAACAACGGAUAUUUGCAUACCGAAUACUUUGGCCAGCCAGGGAGGGAUGACUGGGCCACCUCAGUCACAACACUCGGGACCCCUCACCGAGGAACUACUAUUAUAGAUGUUCUUGAGAGCUUUGUUGAUCGACAAUUGUGCGCCGCUGUUGGGCUCAUUGCGAGACUCUUUGCUACAGCUUCCUUCAAUCCUCCAGAAAAGAGAGCCUUUGACCUCCAGCUUGACCACUGGGGAAUCUGUAGAAACACUGGGGAAACCUUCCAGGGCAUGCUUGAACGCCUAGAAUCGCCCGAUGGCCCUGUGUGGAAGUGGCUAUAUUCCAAGAACAACGGGUUUUACGACAACAGUAUCGAAGGUGUCCAUGAACUCUCCCAGAAAACAAUCAACACCUCGCCAAACAUCUUCUACUUCAGUCUAUCGUUUCAUGCAACAAGACCUUUUCCCACAGAUUGGCCUGACUGGGGCAAGGUCGCAUUAAAUGAGUUUCCCUUCAAGACAGGGAUACCAAUCCCAUUCCUCGGGCAGCUGACGAACAUGGUGGUUAAUGGGGCGUGGACGUUUCUCCCAGCGAUAGUUGAUUUCCCUGCUUUCGUGCAAUGGAUCACCCAAUCAGUGAUUACUAGGGUUCUCCGGAUACAGGGCUACAAUAUGAAGCUUCCUAGCCCAGGAGAGUACAUUCCACGAGAGGACGUCAUACCAAUAAUGAUGCCAACUGUCUACGCAAUGGGCGGCCAGCAGCUUACGCAGGCACAGAGGGAGAUUUUAGAACCCGGUUUUGAAGACUGGCUCCAGAAUGACGGCAUCGUCAAUACCGCGUCCAUGCCGGGUCCACGUGGAAGCGUCAGGAGCGUCAGUUCUCUCCCUGACGUCGAUUUUGGUAGGCCUGGAAAGCGUGAUAUCUACUGGCACUUGGGUGUCAACGACACCAUGGACCAUGCCGAUGAGAUUGGAAUUUUCAUCGAACGGGAUACGUCGGUUGCCAUGGAGAAUAUGUACCUCAACAUUGCCAAAUUGAUAUCACGGCUGCCUCAUUAG